GUAUUUUGCCACUGUUAUACUCUGCUUCUUCGGCAUUCUCAGAAGAACGGACUCAUUUCUGGUAAAAUUUAAAGGGACGACCCGGAUCCGCCCAUGGCGAAGCCGGGAGUGUUGGAAGCUGAUCCAACGGUGACGGCGAAGGCAAUGGAGCUGAAGAAGGAGUUGCAGAGAUUGGUAAAGUCAAUUGUUGAAGAUGAGAAUCAUUACGGCAUUGAGGCCAUCGAUACGACCAUGGAGACGCUGUCGUUGCUGAGGGAGCUGAAGCUCAGCAAGAGAUCGACGACGACGUCGUCGUCGUCGUCUUCGUCACUGUCUUUGACGGUUCGCCAUAAAACCGGCUUAAAUUGCCCCGAAGAAUUCAAAUGCCCUCUUUCCAAGCAAUUGAUGAGAGAUCCUGUCAUUGUGGCUUCUGGUCAGACAUAUGAGAGAACGUUCAUUCAAAAGUGGCUGAAAGCCGGCAACCGGACAUGUCCACGGACGCAGCAAGUCCUCUCACACACUGUUCUCACUCCAAAUAACCUAAUAAGGGAAAUGAUUGAGAAAUGUUGUGGAACCCAAGGGCUUGAAUUUUCCAACCAUGUUCACUAUAUCAAUGAGGAAGCUGUAAUAGAACCAGACCAUGGUCAUUUUCUUUCUUUGCUUGAGAAGGUGUCUUCAUCAGCACUUUCUGAACAGAAAGCUGCAGCAAAGGAGCUCCGGAUUCUGACAAAGAAAAUGCCUUCUUUCCGGGUAUUUUUCGGUGAGUUUUCAGAUGCCGUUCCCAAAGUGCUUAAACCGAUCUGUGGGAGUCACUCUCUUGGUAAUGUUCACCCUGACCUCCAAGAAGAUGUUAUCACAACACUCCUCAAUAUCUCCAUCCAUGACAACAACAAGAAGCUUGUGGCAGAAACUCCCUUGGUAAUUCCUCUCCUCAUGAGGGCAUUGAGAUCGGGAACGAUAGCAACACGAAGCAAUGCCGCCGCCGCCCUUUUCACUUUGUCGGCUCUAGACUCAAACAAGGAACUUAUAGGGAAAUCUGGAGCCUUGAAGCCUCUGGUUGACCUUUUGGAAGAAGGGCAUCCCUUAGCCAUGAAAGAUGUUGCAUCGGCAAUUUUUACUUUAUGUGUCCUUCAAGAGAACAAGGCAAGAGCAGUGAAGGAUGGCACGGUGAAGGUGAUUGUAAAGAAAAUUGUUGACCGGGUUUAUGUCGACGAACUACUAGCCAUUCUCGCCUUGCUCUCAAGUCACCAGAAGGCAAUUCAGGACAUGGGAGAGCUUGGAGCUGUUCCUAGCUUGCUGAGUUUAAUCAGAGAGACCACUUGUGAACGAAACAAAGAGAACUGCAUUGCAAUCCUUCAGACUAUCUGUCUUCAUGACAGAACCAGGUUGAAGGAGAUAAAAGAAGAAGAGAACAGACAUAAAACAAUCUCAGAGCUUGCACAAAAUGGAACUUCAAGAGCUAAGAGGAAGGCUGCUGGAAUCCUUGAGAGACUAAACAGGGUUGUUAAUAUUACACACACUGCAUAAUUUCCCUUAUCAGGAUCCUCUUAUUAAGGUAAAUUAGUCUGUACAUUCUUGAUUCUUCUAAGGUUUCUGAUAGUUUAAAUUAGGACAGUAUUUUUGCUCUGUGUAUAUUAUCUCGUAGUCAAAUAAAAGCAUAACGUGUAAAAUAUAACGUGGAGUAGGUUCUUAAAAGACUUAUGUUUAUGGUAUUAAAUUGUAACAUAUAUCUCUUGAUCAUGAUUUUAUUGGAGAAGUUGUUGG